AUGACGCUCUCCCUCUCCACCUCCUUCCUCCCCACCCCCGCCGCCGCGAGGACCACCGCCCGCACCCUACGCUCCGUCGUCCCCUCCCAGGGGAUGCGGUGCUCGAUGCGGAAGAAGGGGCUGCACCCGGAGAUCUACGAGGACGCGAAGGUGUACUGCAACGGCGAGCUGGUGCUGGUGACGGGGGGCACCAAGCCGGAGUACACGGUGGACGUGUGGUCCGGGAACCACCCCUACUACGUCGGCGACACCUCGGCGCUGGUGGUGAUGGACAGCCAGAUCGAGAAGUUCCGCAAGAAGUGGGGCCACGUCAAAGAGUACUGGCCCGAGGACCAGUGGAGGGAGAUGCACCCGGACGGCGACCCGGAGUUCGAGCCCGAGGGGGACAAUUGA